UUACAUAUCGAAGAAAUAAUCGCACGCGAGUCGAACUGACUGACUACUAGUCGACGGAGACUUGCGGCGAAGAUCGAUCGAUUGCUUGGUGAAAUUAAUCUAUUUAUAUCCACUUAACAGACUUACCUUGACGUAUUUACAACAUGCGGAUACAUCCAUUCAUCGCUCUCUUUCUAAUCGUGGUGUUCUCUACGUGCAGUUUGACCGUCAAUCAGACCAUCUUCGUAAACAAUACUAAGACGAAAUACAAAAUACUUGGUGUCUUCGGACAUCUUGGCAAGAGUCAUUUCAUUGUGUUUAAGCCGCUUCUCGAGGAACUAGCUCGAAGAGGUCACGAGCUUACUGUGAUCUCAUACUUUCCUAGAACUGACAAUGACAAAGUUAAAGAGCCGCUGCCUAAUUAUAAGGAUAUCAGUUUGGUGGAUCCCAAAGUCGGUAUCUUCGUGAACGUUGUAGAUCUCAAACAAAUGACUCACACGUGGUUUCGUCCUCUGAAAGAGCUCUUCACACUAAGGAUGAUGGCUGAUCACGCAUGUGAUAAAGGUCUGCAGAGCUCAGCCGUCAAAGAGUUUCUUCAGUCCGAUGAAAAGUUCGAUUUGAUAUUGACGGAGAAUUUUAACACUGAUUGUUAUUUGGGCUUUGCUCAUCGAUUUAAGGUGCCUUAUAUGUCUCUGUCAUCACAUGAAAUCAUGCCGUGGACCAACAUGGACAUGGGUAAUUCGGCUGAUCUCAGUUAUAUUCCAACAAUAUUUCUUGGUCUCAUUAGACCUCUAGAUUUUUUCGACCGCAUGCAAAAUGUGUUGUGGACAAUAAUAUCUAAAGCGGUCUACGAAUAUUGGUUUCGAUCUGUUGAUCAAGCUUUCGCUAACAAGGUCUUCGGUUCAGAUCUUCCUAAGCUGAAAAAAAUUGCUCAGCAAUCGCAGGCUUUGCUGAUAAACACUCACAAGAGUCUUCACGGCAAUAGACCUCACUUACCGAAUAUAGUGGAAAUCAGUGGGCUUCACAUUCCGUCUAAAAUUAAUUCGCUACCGAAAGACAUAACUGAUUUCCUUGACAAUGCGCAUGAGGGGGUGCUCUAUUUCAACUUUGGCUCUAUGAUCAAGAUGUCUUCAGCAUCACAGGAAAAAUUAGAUGCGAUAUUAAAUGUAAUUGGUUCGAUACCGCGGAAAGUAAUCUGGAAGUGGGAAGUUGACGAACUGCCACGUAAGCUGGACAAUGUUAUGGUGAAGAAGUGGCUGCCUCAAUUCGACGUGAUGAAUCAUCCAAAUGUCAAGUGUUUCUUGGGUCACGGUGGUCUUCUUGGUCUCACGGAGGCUACUUACGUAGGUUUGCCAAUGGUCUUGGUGCCGGUGUUCGGUGAUCAGUACUACAAUGCUGCUGCAGCGAAGACUAGAGGUGUCGCAUUGAUGCUCCCGUAUUCUGAUUUAACCGAAGAGUCAUUGAGACAUGCUUUGAAUGAAGUUUUCAAUAAUACCAGUUACCGUGAGAACGCCCAGAGGCUUUCGAAAGCUUACCGUGAUCGACCUGCCGCGCCGUUGGAGACAGCGGUAUGGUGGACGGAAUACAUCGCUCGGGGCAACGGCGCACCUUACUUCCGCAGUGAUAGUAUAGAUAUGUCCUGGUACCAGAGUUAUUUAAUCGACGUCGCGCUCGUUUUGAUUAUCUCCUUUGCGGUGCUCAUCUACGUUCUCUUCCGGUUGACCAAGUUGCUGCUGUCAUUGCUCAAAGAAACGCCCGGAAGCCAGGUUGAAAAGAAGAAGAAGAAGAAGGAGAAUUGACGACCAUAUCGCCACGCCAAAAAAAUAAUUUCAAGAUGGAAAAUAGCGAAGAACGAACGCGAUGUAUGUAUAAGAAAUGUCCGGGUGUUCGGAUUACGAGUUUUCAACGAUGAAGACGGAAUAAUCAAUCAUCGGACAGAAACAAAUUGAUCAACGUGAAAAAUCCGUUUGUCAGAAAAUCUGUUAGUGGAAGGAGAUUCUGGCAAUCGUUUGUCAUUCGUUUGUUCCUUUUUUGUAAUGCCCGAUUCGAAUGUUUCAUGGAUAGAUUUUUAUCUUUUCGAUAUUUCUAUGUAAAGAAGUAUGUUACAGCUCGUGUAUGUCGGCUGGUUUUAGCUUAAUUGUUAUCGGCAAUUUCCGGAAAGGAGCAGAUCUUAAAAGUGGUGUGGAACAAAGUCGUUUAAUUCCUGGAUAGUUUGCAGUAUUUUAUGAUAUCUAAGUAUAACCGUUAACUGAAACUCGUCCGAACAACGCGCAGAUGGUGUAAAACUUAUAGUUUGCCAGUUUCUGUUUUUUUUAUACUUUCUUCCAUUUUACGGAAAAGACGGCGGAACUAUCCUUCAUGUUCUGUCGACUUGCGUCGCAUAAAGCGUUUGUUCCUUCGUUCCGCUGCACCCAAAGUUAAAGUUCAUUAUUUUUAUCGCGGUGUGCAAUGUGAUCAAUGUAGGAAAAUUCUUCUUAUCUUAUAUUAAAAAUUAGAAAGAAUAUAUAAAUUUCGAAUUAU